UUCACCUUUUAAAGGUAACUCGUUUCUCACCUGUUCGAAUUGCCUUAUCCCGUUUUACCUGUUGAUUUUACCUGUGCAGGUAGUCCGUCUUCCACCUGUUGUGGUUGAAAUACGAGUUGGAGCUGAAGCAGCAGGUGAUAAGAAUACUGUUGAGAGAUCGGCAGGUAGAACAACAUGUGUGAAGCGUGCGGUCUACAACAACAGAUGAGGGAUGUUUGCCAUCUGACGACUGAAGCGAUUUAAGUGUCGUAUCAAAUCCAUCUUAUUAAUUACCUGAAAUGUACAGAUUUUUUUACGAGGCCUUCGUUAAUAAUAAAUAAACAGGAAUACAGAAAAGCUGCUCAGUUGGAAUAUGCACCUCAAUCAGACGACUUAUAACGGACGGUGUCAACAUCUAUAUCUCAUAUAUUAUUAAUAUACACUAUAAGGUAUAACAGGACUGUUUGUGAUACCAUUAUAUUCAGUUAUAUAUUAUUCAUUGAUAUGGAAGAGAAAAGAGAUUAUGAGGAAUACAGCAUUCCAUUAAAGGAUUCCCCUGGGCUACAUGAUUGCCCUCAGUUUGUCUAUUCUGUGGACGAUGGGACGCUUCCUUCCAAUAUUCGGUCAGUGUUUUUAACCAAGGUUCAACUGACGAGGGAGUAUCAGAGGUCACGUGUCUGCUUGGAAACGUGCUGUAAUCGACCUAAGGACACAGACGAAAAGACAAGAAGGAAGAGGAAACUGUGGUUGAUAUGCGGCCUGGUAGUCGUGAUAACGGCAUUUGUUACUGCCUUUGCUGUCUGGGAACUUCUACGAAAGACGUCUCAAAAUCCUCCUGUACAGCAGUGGGAUAUGAAAGAACAUGCUAGUGAUGUUCAAGAACACGAAGAAGAGCGCGUAUCAACACAACCAAUUACCAAAACACAAUCUGUCGGGGACAAAAUGAAUUUCCAUCGGACACCGUGUCGCAAAAUCUGCUGGGAUUUUUCAGCUUUUAAGUUUAGAUCAAAAUGUUUGGACGGAGUUUGUAGGUGUGGAGGAUACGGGUACAACUCUGAUACCUGCUUACCUGAUAUUGACGGAUGUAUGAUGCAAAAUGAUGACGUCACUCAUGCACAGGCUUCUAAAAAUGGCGAGAGAAUGUCACUGUACAGCUGUAAGCAAAAGAGAUUGGAAGGAAACGCCAUUCACGUGUUCAGUGUCUUUGGAAUGGGAGAUUCGGAGGGAACAGUUAUCGAAUUAAAAGGAGCAAAGAACGAUGAAGAUAUAACAUUAGUCCUGUCCAGCUACCAGAAAGUUAGCUGGGUCGUUCAGCUCAAAGAUGGAGUCCGAAUAGGUAAAAUUAUAAUGAUGCAGACAUCGAGUUCAGGGGAGUCAGGCCUCGUUUUAGAAGGACUAAAAACAUUAGAAAACCCGACAGUUAUGUCAUAUAAACGACAGUCUGGAUAUGGGGAUGAUCGAGAUGGAGGUCACACGGUACAGUUAAUACAAGCAAUCACACAGGAAGUUGGACAAAUCACAACUUUCACCGGAAGUAAAUACGCGGAUUAUUUCAGUUUGAAUUUGGCGCUGUCGUCGACAGAAUCUUUGUAAAUGUGAUCAGUAACCAUGCAACGUUUAUACAUAUGAUAAGUGCAAUAUAUAUAUAUUUGAUGAACAAUUUAUUUGU